CUCUCCACGACAAGAAACUCACAAAAACGCUUAUAAUUCAAAGCCAUGCUCCUUUCCUCCCCACACUCGGCACACAAACACCAUGGAUUCUUAUCGCUUAGCCUCGAAUUCGACUGGAAUUUAUGCCGGAAACAUCUUCCGGCGACCCCAUCUCGACCUUCGCGUCCUGGAAGUCUUCUUGGCCGUCGGUGUCUUCGUGCUUUUCCAUCAACUGAGGCCGAGAAACCGGCGCGGCCUGGCUUCCUGGCCGCUUCUUGGUAUGCUCCCUUCUCUGUUAUUUGGCCUGAAAAACGAUAUUUAUGAAUGGAUUUCAUGUGUCCUUAUUAAAGAAGGCGGGACUUUUGUAUUUAAAGGACCGUUAUUUAGCAACCUGAAUUGCGUUAUCACUUCGGAUCCCCGAAAUAUCGAGCACAUUUUAAAGACGAAAUUCGUUACCUUCCCAAAGGGCGAGUACUUUCGGAAGAAUCUCAGCGAUCUUCUGGGCUCCGGGAUCUUCAACUCCGAUGACGACGUGUGGCAGAGGCAGCGGAAGGUGGCGAGUAUCGAGUUCCACUCGACGAGGUUCCGGCAGCUGAUGCACGACUCGCUAGAAAGACUCGUCCACGAGAGGCUGCUGCCGGUUCUCGAACUCUACGGUGAACGCAUCAGCGGGAUCGAUUUGCAGGACGUCCUCCUGAGACUGACGUUCGACAACGUCUGUAUGAUCGCAUUUGGGGUCGACCCCGGCUGCCUCAGCCACAGAUUACCGGAAAUACCCUUUGCCAACGCCUUUGAGAAGGCAACUGAGGCCUCUGUUAUGAGGUUUUUGAUGCCCACUUCUCUUUGGAAAAUUAUGAGAUUUUUUAACUUGGGUUCUGAAAAAGAGCUCAGAGAAGCCCUGGUGAGGGUUGACGAAUUUGCUGGAGGUGUUAUUAGAGAGAGAAAGAGAGAAUUAUUAUCAGAUUUUGGAAAAAAAUCAGAUUUAUUGACUGUUUUUAUGAGGAUGAGAGACGAGGAGGGCAGGGCAUUUUCGGAAGAAUUUUUGAGGGACAUUUGUAUAAAUUUUAUUUUGGCGGGAAGGGACACCUCAUCUGUGGCCCUGGCCUGGUUCUUCUGGUUAGUGGGACAAAAUCCAGGGGUAGAGGAGAAAAUUUUGGAGGAGAUGAGGGGCAUUUUGGGUCAUAGAGUGGUUGAGGGACCACCAAAGUGGAGACCAGAGGAGGUGAAAAAAAUGGAGUAUCUGCAAGCUGCCUUGUCAGAGGCUCUCCGGCUUUACCCCUCAGUGCCCGUGGAUCACAAAGAGGUCAGAGAGGACGACGUGUUACCCGAUGGGACCGAGCUGAAGAAGGGCACAAAAGUCAUCUAUGCCAUCUACUCAAUGGGGCGCAUGGAAAGCAUAUGGGGAGAAGACUGCCUCAAAUUCAAGCCCCAAAGGUGGCUCAGAGAUGGCAAAUUCACAAGUGAAUCAGCCUACAAAUUCACAGCUUUUAAUGGAGGCCCAAGGCUUUGUUUGGGCAAAGAUUUUGCUUAUUAUCAAAUGAAAUAUGUGGCCUCUUCCAUUCUGUAUGAAUACCAUGUUAGGGUUUUGGAGGGCCACCAAGUUGAGCCCAAGCUUGCCCUAACCAUGUACAUGAAGCAUGGUUUGAGGGUCACCUUGCAAAGGAGAAAGAAUCCUGGCCGUCCAAUUCAGAUAAAAGAGAAUGUGGCUCCUCCAUAACUGGAAGCACACUGUAGAAAUAUGGGGUUCAGGGUUGUUCACUUUUGUUUUUAAUUGUACGAUUUUGGGCGAUCUAUUAGUGCUGGUGUUAUAGGGAUGUAUAUGAUUGAAGUGGCUUGGAUAUAAUGUAUGAGGUUAGGUAAUAUGGAAUAAAAUUAUUUUUCUCAA